AGGAAAAAAAACAGCAGCAUCCUCAUCAGCAGCAGACGCCAGCGACCAGGAAGCGCCCAAAGGUAUGAUUCAGUCCUGAUGGCACACUCUGAGCUGUUUGAGACGUUAGCGCCCCCUGUGGAAGGGAGGUCUGUGGAGCUAGAUGUUCUGAGCUUCUUGGACUCGUUUGGAGACGGAAACAGCACGGCUGAGAGAUGCUACCGCUCACACUCCCGCAGCAGCGUCCUACAGGGGCUUCCGUUUGGAGGGGUGCCCACGGUCCUCGCCAUUAAUGUGGUGCUCUGGAUGUUCCUGUUGCUCAUCUUCUCCUGUUUGAGGAAGGCUGCAUGGGACUACGGUCGCCUGGCUCUGCUGAUGGAGAACGACAGUCUCACCUCCCUGUUUUAUGGAGAACCAAGUGAGAAAGAGAAGUCUCCCUCUGAGUCCAGCCCCUCUGACUCUGACACCAAGGACAUGGGUUUCUGCUCCUGGCUCUCAUCACUUUACCAAAUGAAGGAUGAAGAGAUCCGUAGUAAAUGCGGUGUUGAUGCUGUAACAUACCUGUCCUUCCAGCGCCACAUCAUCCUGCUCAUGACGGUGGUUUGCCUGCUGUCUUUGGCCGUUAUCCUGCCGGUCAACUUUUCCGGGAACCUCCAGGGAGACAGUCCUGAGAACUUUGGAAGAACAACUCUGGCUAAUGUUAGCGCGAAGGACAGCUUUCUGUGGCUCCACAGCGUUUUUGCUCUGGUCUACUUCAUCAUCACAGUGCUGUGUAUGGCUCACCACUCCAUACGGCUGGAGUACAGAGAGGAUGAGAAGGUAGCCAGGACGCUGAUGAUUACCUGCAUACCAAGAGAGAUCUCUGACCCAGGACUCAUCACCAAACAUUUUCAUGAGGCCUAUCCCAGCUGUACUGUCAAUGAUAUCCGUUUCUGCUUUGAUGUCCACAAGCUGAUGAGGCUGGACUUAGAGAGGCGCAAGGCGAUGAAAGGAAGGCUUUACUUUGCCACAAAGGCCCAGAAGGAGGGAAAGAUCAUGAUCAAGACUCACCCUUGUGCUCAGAUCUUCUGCUGUGACAUCUGUGGCUUUGAAAAGGUGGAUGCCGAGCAAUACUACAGCGAGUUAGAGGAGAAGCGCACGGACGAGUUUAACGCUGAGAAGAACCGCAUCACCAUGAAGAGGCUAGGCAUUGCCUUUGUGACUUUCCGUGAUGAGAGGAUGACUGCUGUCAUUGUGAAGGACUACAGUCGUGUGCACUGCCGCCACAAACCCCAGCAGUCCAGCAUCACCACCGUGGUGCAGUCACAGAAGUGGGGGGUCAGCUACGCACCUGCUCCCAGUGACAUUAUAUGGGAGAACCUGUCAGUGUGCGGUUCUCGCUGGUGGCUCCGCUGUGUCCUCCUCAACAUCCUCCUCUUUCUGCUCCUCUUCUUCCUCACCACUCCUGCCAUCAUUGUCAACACCAUGGACAAGUUCAACGUCACAAGGCCUGUGGAGAGUCUGCAGAGCCCGGUCAUUACCCAGUUCUUCCCAACCCUCCUGCUGUGGGCGUUUUCCGUGCUCCUGCCCUUCAUCGUCUACUACUCAGCCUUCUUUGAGUCCCACUGGACCAGGUCAGGGGAGAACCAAGUCACAAUGCACAAGUGUUUUUUACUGCUGGUCUUCAUGGUCAUCAUCCUGCCCUCGCUUGGUUUAUCCAGUCUUGACCUGUUCUUCACAUGGCUCUUUGAUGUGAACUUCCUGGAUGAAAAAGAAGUCAAAUUCCAGUGUGUGUUCCUUCCAGACAACGGUGCAUUCUUUGUAAACUAUGUCAUCACAUCCAGUCUGAUCGGCACUUCUAUGGAGCUGCUUCGUAUCCCGGGGCUGACGGUCUACGCCCUCCGACUCUGCUUUGCCAAGUCCCAGGCCGAGCGCAUUCACGUUAAAAGGAGUCAGGCCUACGAGUUCCAGUUUGGCCUGGAGUAUGCCUGGACCAUGUGUAUAUUUGCAGUCAGUAUGACCUACAGCAUCACAUGUCCCAUUAUUACUCCUUUAGGUCUACUUUAUGCGAUCCUGAAGCAUAUGGUCGACAGAUACAACAUCUACUAUGCAUACGUUCCUACCAAACUCAACCAGAGGAUCCACAGAGCAGCCAUCAGCCAGGUCAUCGUGGCUCCAAUCUUCUGCAUGUUCUGGCUGCUCUUCUUCUCUGUGCUCAGACUAGGUCCAGUGCAUCCCAUCACCCUCUUCACCUUCAUGUCCCUGCUCUCCUCGGUUGCCUUCUCCCUCUUCCGCUUGUGCCUUAGGAAGCAUCCAGACAAAUCAACAAGCUACCAGAUGUCCGAUCAGCCAGCAGAGGGGACGUUCACCGAUGCAGAUAGGAGUACUGUAACAUCCACCACUGCCUCCAGUCUCUUUGUGGCGACCGUGCUCCUGGAGCCAGAGCUGGCUUUGACCCCCAUGCCCUCCCCUGCACACCACAGCUACGGCGCCAUGGCCAGUUCACAGAGUUCAAGCCAUGGCCCAGCGGAGGAAGAGGAGUGCGAAGAAGACCACGCCCAGACCCAUGAAACUGAGCUCCAAGACCCUCCAGAACCCUACUGCUCCAGCCCACUCAUGGACAGCCCAGUUGGCUACCAGUAACACUAAAUCCCCCUAAUCUAAUUUAUCCUAUCCUUCACUGGGGAACACAGAUUGCUGAAGGCUACAUUGCUGCAUUUUUGCCACUGAGCUUCGACUCCAACUAAGCUGCCUGGGACCCUGAGAAUAGAUUGGGCUUGUCAGAGAGGAUGAAGAACAGGACGAGGAAAGAUGCUUAAAAAUACAGAAAGCAGACAAAAAACGUCAAAUUAACAGCCAGGAGUUUUCCAAAAAAUCUCCUAAACCUGAACACAAACUUCAACCCUGAGAUAGAAACAUGCACCCUCAAUGUACAGAUUAUUUUGGUUAAACUGUUGAAUGAUCCAGGAGAGGGUUUUACUUGCUUCUAAGGCUUCAUUUGCAAACUAGAAAAUAUUUAAACUAAUCAAAGUGACUGGGGAAGAAGUUCCUUUGGGCUGCUAUCAGAGAUACUCUGUCCAUGCGGUGCCACUUGGACAUGAGUGGAGGUGAAAGUUCCCGUCAGAGUGGGUGGUGUGAGCAGGCUCGCCCUGGCAGACUGACACCGCGGUCUGGGCAUGGGUGAUUUCUGGUUCCUCUACGGCAGAGCUCGGGGAGGCUGAGGGUGAGGGCAGCUAGUUGUGAAGCCAUCUGCAGUGAGAGGGCAGACAGACGGAGGGCCGAAUGUAACUCAGAGACGCGCUGUAAUUUAUGUCCACGUUCUCCGAGGAGGCACAAGCAGCUUGAUGUAACUAUUAUCAAGUUGAAGUUGCUAUUUUUGCUACGGUAUUUUGUGGUGUUGUUGAUGUUGUGCUUUUGGUUUUGGGUUGGGGAACUGCAAAAUGGUCCUGGAUUUACAGAGCUGUGUAUUCAAUCCAACUCCCUUUGUAUUUAUUUUAAACAAACUGUUUAACUGAGUAAUUUGUUAUCUUGCCAAGAAUUCAAUGAAAGGUUGAUAACCACUCUUGUUCCUCUAUAGUAAAUAUGAAGCUACAGCUCAUAGCUCACAGCCCAUUAGCUUAGCAUAGCAUAAAAACAGGUUGUAAUAUUUACAGUCUAUGGUUGAAACAGGCUGCCUCGUGCCAGAAACACAAAUAAGCCCUGUGAGUUAUUACUACAUUCUGGAUUUAAUUAUCUUUCAAGGUGUCCUGUUGGGACUACAAGAGAAAGCCAGGCAAGCUUUUCCCCCAUUUCCAGUCUUUACGCUAAGCUAACUGAGCUAACCGGCUGUUUACAGUAAACCUAACAAAACAUUUAGCCGACAAUAUGGGCAUGGUAUGAAUCAUCACAUCCAUCUCUCUGCAAGAGAGGAAAGAAGUUUUCUUCUGGCAAUUAAGAACUAUUCAUAUUGCUAUUCUAUUAAAAUCUUUAUUUAACCAGGAAAAGCUCACAAGUUCAAUGAGCCAUUACAACUUUGGAAGCACAAGCCUUGUUUUUCUCUCACUGCGAGACACCAUCAUGAAAAUCUCCAGAUGUUUCCCUUUAAUGUAAGAAAAGUCUGAAAGUGAUUGUGUUACUUCCAAUGUCAUUAAAACGAAAAAAUGUUUAGAAGCAGAAAUAUUAUAAAAAUACCUUUUCCAUGAUGGCUCACACGUAUUUAUGUUUUAUAUAUCUGACAAGUGUUGGUGAAAUAUGAUUGUGCUAAAUUACUUUAAUUUUGGUUCCAAAUAUAAAUACAAAAAGUCCAAUUUGAUCACCACCAUGCUGUACCUGUACGAGGAUGUCAGUUGCAUUGCCCUAUUCUGUGUGACACUAAAAUGCAUGUCAACUAUUCUACAUUGUAUAAAUGAGCAUUCAUAUCUUCAUCCUUGAGGUCCAGUGUCACGUGUACUAAACUUGCUUUUUAGUCUGUGUGUGCGAGUGUGUGUAUGUGUGUGUUUGGGAGUUGUGUAUUUUGGGUCAUUUUGACUUCCUCUGAAUGGAAACUGAUUGUGGUUCGUAGUCCUUCAUGUCUCUUGCUGUGCCUUUAACAAUCACUCCCUUUUGUAAGACAAUCCAGCAUGGCCCGAAAUAUGCUGCAUGGACUGAAAACUAAAGAGUUAGGGAAACAACAAAAAGAUAAAACCAACCUGAUAACAAACACAAAACAAACCCGAGCAGUAAUUUUCAAUCAGUGGUGAUGUUUUCAUCUUACAUUUAGUCCUCAAAGCCCUGAGCUCCUUCCACUUACAUCUUCACCCAGCAUCCCAGUGGUAACUUUUCUGGGGCUUCAUGAUUUUGUGAUGGUUACUGAUCUGUCGAUGCCCAAACCCUCCUCAGUUCUUUGCACGUUUAGGAUUCUACUUCUUCACCUUGGAAAAGAAGUUCAGUUGACAAUCUGCACGUGCAACUUAUUAGCUUUUAAUGAGAUUUUAAGAAUAAACUGUAACAGGAAGCUCGCACUGCAACAUAGACGUGUGUAGUAGUAGAAUCAGAGUAAACUAGAAAGUUUGAACAUUUUCACAUGAAUGACUGGUGGAGGAGCUAACAUCGUCUGCUGAUGAAAACAAUGUUGUAAGAGCAAAAGCUCAAGAAAAAGCUAGCAAGUUGACCUUGAGUAGGUUUUUUUUUCACAUUCAAGCACUUUCAAUCAGCAUUUCUUUACAUUACAGCAUUUCUGUAGGUUUUUUAAAGCAUACAUUGUGGCCUGUCUGUGCCUUGUUCUUUAACUCAAUCCAUAUUUUUCAGUUCACCUGCUGUGUUCUUCUUUUUACAGAUCAUUUAUGUUACAUUGAUCAACGUUUUAUUUAAAAGUUUAUUCUGUCAGUUCUUUUGUCUUUUUUUAAUUUACUGACAUGUUUGAAUUCUAGUGACAGUGAUGCAUUCAAUCAUCUCUCAGAGGAGGCAAAGAUGUUCUUUCUGCUUUGAAGAGUGAAUUUGAAUAUUGUUUUGUGUUUGAAGUAGACUUAAUUAUCAUUUUCCCAAGACGUACUUUUGCAAAAUUGAUGGAAUAUUAUUAUAUAAAAUUUAAUUUAUUUGUCCAUUUUACAGGAAUUAAACCUAAGCUGCUCGUGCUGCAUUAAACACAUGGAAGCUGGCAGUAAAGUGAGUACGAAGUGGUCAGUUCAGAGAAUUCAGAAGUCCCGUAUAUUCGGUUAAAAAAAAAAAAACAUCAAAGAGCCUCUCAGAGUUUCUUUCUCUUUGCCAACAUAUCCUGUGGUUUUCUCUUGGAAACGCUUGUUUCACAGAUCAUUAAACACACUUUCCUUUGAAAUAUACUAAUAAAAAUUAUUAGGGUAUUUUUAGUUCUAAUGGCCCUGCAAGGAUGGAUUGUCCAUUUGAUGCUUACCUAGUUUUAUUGUGUCCUGUCGUGUCUGUUGACAUUCAGUCAGCUUGACUCUCUGAGGUUUAGUCCGUGCCACUGGAGCUUUCCAGACAUGUCAACUGUGUUUUGCUCUUUGUUUUUUUAUUGUGUGUAUCAUGACUAGCCUUCUCGAUGUCAUAUAUGAGCAGCCCACUGCUUAGGUUGUUUGAUCUCUGAGAAGAAGGUUGAGGUUGGGGAAUGGUCUGCGUUUCAGAUUGAUCUCUGUCAGGCUAACAGUUUUCAUCUGUUCAAAGUGAAGUGCUGUGAUCUGAAAUUAAAACAAAUUCAUCCCAAUCCA